AUGGAUCGACACACCACAGCCACACUCCUGGAAACUGCUGCAAAGAGUCUGCUGAGCAAUGAGCUUGCAGCUAUCCACGCCCUGGGCGAAAUCCCAAGAGACCUCUUUGUUCCAUUGUUCAAUGCUGCCUUCUUGGGUGGGCAUAAGAAGAUACUAAAGGCAAUUGUGGGGGUUUGGCCUUUUCGCUGUCUCCAUAUUGGGCGACUGAAUGCACAAGAGAAAUACUAUGACAACUUGGAAGCCAUGGUCGAUGGUCUGCAGAUCCUUCCUGCCCAGAAGUCCUCUUCUCGGGGGCCAAAACUGAGGAUCCUGGAUUUAAGGCAUGACCCGGACUGUGAGACAACGUGCUCUGAGAUCAGGACCACAUUCCCUUUCUGUUUUCAGUCAUGCAUUUACUCUCAGGACUCUAUCCUUAAAACCGAAGAAGCUAAGCAUAGGGUCAGGUGCCUUGGGAUUGGUAAUUCAGAGUCUCAGCCUCAGUCAGCUCAGGAACCCAUGGAAUUGCUAGUGGACAUAUCCCUCAAUAGCGUCAUGAGAACACAGCGGUUCCACUCCUUUCUUUGUAGAAAAGUUCAGCAGAGCUGUGGGUCCUUGCACCUCUGCUGCAGAGAUUUGCAAAUCAAUAAAAUGUCUGCCCUUAGAAGAAUCCUACAGUUUCUGGAUUUGGGGUGCAUUGAUCACCUAGAAGUGAAUCAGGCUUAUUUGAGUGAAGUCAUCACACUUUUGGCUCAGAUGAUCCACCUAAACAGCCUUAGUCUAUCCAAUGUUCCCUUUAAAACUUAUAGGAGAAGAAACUUCAGAUCUUUCCUCAUCUGGCUUAGGAGGCUGGACAACCUCCAGGAGCUCAGCUUGUCUUUCUUCUGCCUUACAGAUCAGCUGCACAAACUGCUCAGAGUCCUGCCAGGACAGUUGGAUACAUUGUAUCUAUCUUUCUGUGGCCUUUCUCUUAGAGAUUUCACGGUUCUGUCCCAGAGCUCUCAGGCCACCCACCUGAGGGUAUUGAAUCUCAGUAACAACCAGAUCCCAGAAGUUUCCGAGCCCUUUCAGAUUCUGCUGGAGAAGGUCUCAGGCACCUUGCAACACUUGGAGAUCAAUAAUUGUGUGAUAACUGAUUCUAUUCUCUCUGCUGUCCUCCCAGCCCUGAGCCAUUGUUCCCACCUCCGUGUCCUUAGCUUUGCCUUCAACCCCAUUACAAUGUCUGUGCUCCAGAGCCUUCUGCAGCACUUGACAACCCUGACGAACCUGAAGCAUGUGAUUUACCCUGUUCCUGUCCAUUGCUAUGACGAAUGGAAUUUUCAAGACAGUUUGGACCGACAGAAACUUGCUGAGGUUCAGGCCCAAUUGAAGGUGAUGCUGCAGGUGGUCCAUCGGGAUGACAUGAACUGGACCACUUGUUCUGAGUGA